GUUCCGCGCAUGCGCGGUGAGCGCCGCCUCCCCUCCCUCACCGACGCCCGCCCGAUCCCUGAGGUAACUCCCUCUCCUCAGUCCGUUGUUCCCGCUCCAGCGGAGAGGAACCGGCAGCGCGGCGGGUCGGGGGUGCUCCGUUAGGCCGCGGAGGCUCCGUAUCGUUCCUGCCCGCGGCGGUACAAGCUCCCCCCUCCCCGCCCAGUCCCUGCAGCGGUCCCUCUGCGCAACUCGCAGCGGGGUGGCUGCGGGCAGGGCGGUGCGGACCGGUUGCGGCCGGUUCCCUGCGCAGGCGCAGGGCCCCGUAAACAGGAAGCGGCGGCGGCCCGCAGCGGCGGAGACAAAGGGGUUGCGGAGAGGGGAAAGGAGAGGAUCGGGUUGGCUCGGCUCAGCUCGGCCCGGCCCAGCGAGCGGGGGUCCUGGCGGCGGGCGGCAGGAUGGUGCAGAAGGAGGGGCAGACGGCGCUGGAGGAGCCCCAAGGCAGCCCUAACCCAGCCGGCGUGCCCGGCGCUCCCUUAGAGCCGCCGGGCGCCGCCGCAGGGCCGGUCCCGGGGGGCGAAGAGACCGACACCGAGACGGAGACCGCGCUUGGCUCCCGCCGCUUCCUCUGCGGCGUCGUGGAAGGAUUUUAUGGAAGACCUUGGGUUAUGGAGCAGAGGAAAGAACUUUUUAGAAGACUUCAGAAGUGGGGGCUAAAUACAUACCUGUAUGCUCCAAAGGAUGACUAUAAGCACAGGAUGUUCUGGCGAGAAAUGUACUCUGUGGAGGAAGCGGAGCAGCUAAUGACUCUAAUAUCAGCUGCACGAGAACAUGAAAUAGAGUUCAUUUAUGCAAUCUCUCCUGGACUUGACAUCACUUUCUCUAAUCCUAAAGAGGUAUCCACAUUGAAACGCAAGCUGGACCAGGUUUCCCAGUUUGGCUGCAGAUCUUUUGCACUGCUGUUUGAUGAUAUUGAUCACAACAUGUGUGCAGCAGACAAAGAAGUUUUCAGUUCUUUUGCUCAUGCUCAAGUCUCGAUCACAAAUGAAAUUUAUCAAUAUCUAGGAGAACCAGACACAUUCCUUUUCUGUCCUACAGAAUACUGUGGAACUUUCUGUUACCCAAAUGUUGCCCAGUCACCAUAUUUACGGACUGUAGGAGAAAAGCUGCUCCCUGGCAUUGAGGUGUUGUGGACAGGUCCGAAAGUUGUAUCCAAAGACAUUCCAGUAGAGUCCAUUGAAGAAGUUUCUAAGAUCAUCAGGAGAGCACCAGUUAUCUGGGAUAACAUUCAUGCUAAUGACUAUGAUCAAAAGAGGCUUUUUCUGGGGCCUUACAAAGGUCGGUCAACUGAGCUUAUACCUCGACUAAAGGGAGUUCUGACCAAUCCAAACUGUGAAUUUGAAGCCAAUUAUGUUGCUAUUCACACGCUUGCAACCUGGUACAAGUCUAACAUGAAUGGAGUGAGAAAAGAUGUGGUGAUGACUGAUACUGAAGACAGUACAGUUUCUAUCCAGAUUAAACUGGAAAACGAGGGGAGCGAUGAAGACAUUGAAACAGAUGUUCUCUACAGCCCACAAAUGGCCCUGAAGUUGGCCUUAACGGAAUGGUUGCAGGAAUUUGGGGUACCUCAGCAGUACAGCAGUAGGCAAGUGGCCCACAGUGGUGCUAAAACUGCUGUAGGAGAUGUAGGGCCUCUGGUGGCACCAUCCUCUUUAAAUGCAGCAACUGUGGUUACCACAGUUUACCAAGAACCUAUCAUGAGUCAGGGGGCAGCGCUGAGCAGCGAGUCGCCGGCCUUGGUAAAGGAGGAAGAGAAGAAGCAAUCUGAUGAGGAACCUAUGGACACGGUGGUGGAAAAACAGGAUGACACAGACAAGAAUGCUAAUCAGCUACUGACAGAUAUUGCCGAAGCCAAGAUGUCAGAGGAGUUGAAGCCAAUGGAUACGGAUAAGGAGAGCAUAGCUGAAUCAAAGUCCCCAGAGAUGUCCAUGCAGGAAGACUCUGGUAGUGACAUUGCCCCUAUGCAGACUGAUGAGCAAAUUAACAAAGAACAGUUUGUGCCUGGGCCAAAUGAAAAGCCUCUCUACACAGUAGAACCAGUGACAUUAGAGGACUUGCAGCUUCUUGCUGACUUGUUUUACCUUCCUUACGAACAUGGGCCCAAAGGUGCACAGAUGCUGAGAGAAUUCCAGUGGCUCAGAGCAAAUAGCAGUGUUGUCAGUGUUAAUUGCAAAGGAAAAGAUGCUGAAAAAAUAGAAGAAUGGCGUAACCGAGCAGCCAAGUUUGAAGAGAUGUGCAGCUUGGUGAUGGGGAUGUUCACUCGCCUCUCCAAUUGUGCCAACAGGACAAUCCUUUAUGAUAUGUACUCCUACGUCUGGGAUAUCAAGAGUAUUAUGUCAAUGGUGAAAUCUUUUGUGCAGUGGUUAGGGUGUCGUAGUCAAUCUUCAGCACAGUUCUUAAGUGGAGACCAAGAACCCUGGGCCUUUAGAGGUGGUCUAGCAGGAGAGUUCCAGCGUUUGCUGCCUAUUGAUGGGGCAAAUGACCUCUUUUUUCAACCACCUCCAUUAACACCCACUUCCAAAGUGUACACCAUACGACCCUACUUCCCUAAAGAUGAGGCAUCUGUAUAUAAAAUCUGCAGAGAAAUGUAUGCUGAUGGAGCUGAUCAACCCUUCCAUAGUUUACCGGAUUUAAUUGGAGACAAGUUAGUAGGAGGUCUGCUCACCCUCAGCCUGGAUUACUGCUUUGUCUUAGAAGAUGAGGAUGGCAUAUGUGGCUAUGCUUUGGGAACAGUUGAUGUCACUCCUUUCAUUAAAAAAUGCAAAAUGUCUUGGAUCCCUUUCAUGCAAGAAAAAUAUACUAAACCAAAUAGUGACAAGGAGCUGUCUGAGGCAGAGAAAAUAAUGCUAAGUUUCCAUGAAGAGCAAGAAGUAUUGCCAGAAUCGUUCCUUGCCAACUUCCCAUCAUUGAUAAAGAUUGAUAUCCACAAAAAAGUGACAGAUCCAAGUGUGGCUAAAAGUAUGAUGGCCUGCCUGCUCUCUUCUCUAAAGGCUAAUGGCUCUCGUGGGGCUUUUUGUGAAGUGAGACCAGAUGAUAAAAGAAUCCUGGAAUUCUACAGCAAGCUGGGUUGUUUUGAAAUUGCUAAAAUGGAAGGAUUUCCAAAGGAUGUUGUUAUCCUUGGAAGAAGCCUGUGAAGUGCUUGACAGUGCACUGUUCCAGUACUGUAGUCCCUUAAACAGCUGGGCAGGUAGUGGUGGGGAUCUUCAUAUGGUCUAGCUGCACAAAGCCAGGAAUAAGCCAGCUUGGUAGAAGGGGCUAUGCGAAAAUCACCCAUCACACAUUCAGACUGUAAGUUGUUGGAAGGGGAUAAUGCUGCUGAAAACACUGUUUUAACAAAGAAACCUUGUCCUCUUCUGGUCCUGUGUGAAGUGCCAAGGAAUCUUGCAUGGGCUAUAGCUUCUUGGAGGAAUCCCUCUCAGUCGGUCCUGUGGUUGAUGACACUUCUCUGCACUCACAUGUCGACAGAAAAGUGGUCUCUGGCAGAAGUACCUGUAAAGGUGCAGCUUGUUUCUCUGUCAUAGAGCGGGAUGUGCAGCUGGAAGUUGCACGAAGGGGAGGGAUUGCCUGUGUCAAUCAGCAAAUUUAAAGAUAAGUAGCUACAGUUCUAUUUUUGACUAUCUUUAUGCUUGUUGAUAAAGCAAUGACCCGUUGUCACUUCUAAUGACCAUUGGUUCAAGCUUUGUGCUUUGUUAGGGACAAAUGUGCAGUGGUCUGUGGCAGAAGUCACUUAAUGACAACACUGUAAACUUCAGUGUAUAUAAACUUAGCCGUAUGCUGACUAACUUUUUGUUUACCGGUUUUUGUAACUUUUUCUUUUGAAAAGCGAAAUGGUAUAGGUCCAAGAUGGCACUUUUGAAUAACCUAAAACCACAAUGGAGAAUGAAUCUGUCCUCGGCACUGACCUUUCUUACUGUGCCUCGUGUCCAGGGCUAGGGACUGACCAUCUUGGCUAAGGGGAGCGGGUCCCGAAUGAUCCUUCCUUCAGACAGCAGUUUGUCACUGUGUGAGGUUAUCAUUCUCUUGGGACUGAAACAGCAAUUCACGAGGGGGGUUGGUAACAUUCACAUGGGAUUGUGGUGAAAGACGGUGAGAGAGGGAGAGCUGGCCCACAGCUGAGACUUGUCCUUGGAACAGUCACCACGUUUCAAAGCCUGUUCGUACCAGUUGGAUUAAAUCAGGGUCUUUAAGUCCUGCACAUUUGUAUCAAAUAACUUUUCUAUAAGAAAUGCCACAAUAAGCACAUUUUUACACAUUAUUUAAAUGGUUACCUACUUUUAAAUGUUCCAAGAGUUUAAUGUUUUUACCCAGGACUGACAUGUUUGGUUAUGGGAUGGAAUCAGCGUGGUAUGGAAUCUGGUAGUGAGGUAGUUGCAUCAUUUAUGAAACUGGUAUUUCACACAAGUUCCAGUGGCCCAGAUGUGCAAUUGGCCAGUGGUAUGCAGCUUGCAGUACCUUGCUUCUUUCACCUGCUGCCAUCAGCUGUCUUUUUCUUCCUUUUUAAUUUUCCUGGGGUUUUUUUCAGUGGUGCACAAAGGAAGUUCAGUUCUUUUUACGAGCCUCCAGCUGCAUAGAAGUUACACAACCUAUAAUGAAUGGCAUUAAGACUGCAGUAAUGUUGUCUGCGACCUGUGAGGAGAUACUGUGUUUGGCCUUCUGGUGCAGUCUCAUACAAGAUGGUUUUGGUUUUUUUCAGUUGGUUGUUGUUUUUUUUUUCUCCUUUGCAGAAUGUGAACUUUUUUUUUUAAUGCGGUAGCGAAGUAUUUAAGUUGAAACAAGGUCAUUUCAUUUUUUAGAGAGAGGUACGGGGUUGUGCUAUGGGAUUUCAUGUAAGUCAGAGCUGAAUGCCACUAGUUUUUAUACAGCUUUGAGUGCAUGUUGAGUAGCUGACACCUUGGUUUAUCAGGAGGGAGAGUUUUGUUUCUUCAUGGAUAUCAGAGUCAACUUACUUUAUCUGGAUGCAUAACAUUACAGCAUAGGAUGCUUGUGGCCUUAUUUCUUGGCUUUUAAGGAGUUGCCACAUUUUCUCUUCCUAUGACUUUGUUAUUAUUAUAGAAGUUAAUUGUAUAAGCCUACGGAAUGUCAGGCCAAUACCAUCAUUCUAGGAUUGUAAAGUGAUAUGUUGACAUAUCUUUCAUGGUUAUGAAUUUUCAUUAAGGUUGGAAUGCCACUUUCAUUAAUCUGUUUUUAGAUCAACAGUAUCUGUAGCAGAAAAAAACGACCUGUAAAACUGUAUUUGAAGACCAUGCGAGAAAUAGAAUAAAAAUUGAGAAGUGAA